UCAGUGCAAGAAAUAACAAAAGCUUUUCCAUGGCAGUCAUGUUUCUACUUCUUGGAAUUUUCAUGUCUAGUUUGGAGUUCACAGGGGCAAAAUCCGUAGGCGUUUGCUAUGGAAGAAUCGGCGACAAUUUGCCAAGUGAACAGGAAGUUUUGGAACUUUAUAAAGCUAGUGGCAUCGAAAAGAUGAGAAUCUAUGAUCCAAAUCAAGCAACUCUGCGAGCCCUCGGAAUGUUUCCAGACAUAGAACUCAUCCUUGGUGUCCCUAACGGUGACCUUGAGGCCCUUGCUACAGAUGCCUCAUCUGCAACCGAUUGGGUCCAACGUAACAUACUGCCCUACGCACCGGCGGCCAAUAUUCGUUACAUCUCUGUUGGAAACGAAGUGAGACCGAUGGAUCCGGCUGCACAAUUCGUUCUCCCUGCAAUGCAAAACAUUUACAAUGCUUUGGAGUCAGCAAACAACGCAAUGGAAGUACUCCAAAUUAAGGUUUCUACUUCGGUGGAUGCAACUUUGUUAGGCAGUUCGUAUCCUCCUUCAGCUGGCGCAUUCAGUGACAGUGCAAGCUCAUACAUAAUUCCCAUCGUUCAAUUCCUAGCAGACAAAGGGGCACCUUUACUCGCCAACAUCUACCCUUAUUUUAGCUACAUUGGUGACCCUACAAGCAUCGAUCUUAACUACGCCUUAUUUACAUCACCGGGAGUUGUGGUUCAGGACGGCGCAUUCGGGUACCAAAACCUGUUUGAUGCAAUAUUGGAUGCCUUUUAUUCUGCUAUUGAGAAAGCUGGUUUCUCUAAUAUGGAAGUGGUUGUAUCCGAGACUGGCUGGCCGUCGGAUGGAGGCACCGCCGCAACUAUUGAAAACGCAAGCACUUACUACCAGAAUUUGAUCAAUCAUAUUCAGAAUGGAACCCCAAAGAGGCCUGGACAACCCACGCAAACUUACCUGUUUGCAAUGUUUGAUGAAAAUCAAAAGGGUCCUGCUGAAACUGAGCGCCAUUUUGGCCUCUUCUCCCCUGAUAAGCAGCCCAAGUAUCCGAUAAGCUUCUUAUGAAUUAAUUGUUAUGUUCCUUUUUUAUUAUUUUUUGGAUAUAUAGUUCCUUAGGAUUGGUCUUUUACAAGCUCAAUUGUGACUUGAGCCAUAUAUAUUUUCCUCCUAAUUAAUUCAGCCAUCUAACUUCUUAUUUUUUAGAUGAA